AUGAAGCGGAGCGACAACCACACAGGCUACCAAUUCAAGGCGGACAAUGUCAUUCUCUCCUACUCCUCCACUUCCAGCGUCACCACAGCCGCCGAACAAUUGGCCUCGGGUGCGGCCGCCUUUGUGAGUGUGGACGGCCUUAUCGGGGAGGCCGAUCGGGCGUCUUUCCCUUCCGAAACCACGGAGGUGCCCGUGGCUGGCGGGGCUAUCGUCGCGACAUACAACCUCCCUGGCAACUCAUCACUGCUAAUGACCGUAUCUGGUGAUCAGGUGUUGGAUGGAGUUACGCUGGCGCGAGUGUGGCACGGGGAGAUCCGACAGUGGAAUGACUCGGCCAUCGCCGCACUCAAUCCUAAUGCCACCCUGCCUAGCAACGACAUAACCAUGAGCUUCGCUGCCAGCGGCAGCGAUGGGAUCACGCGCCUGUUCCGGCGGGCGCUCGCGGCCUUCAAUUCGACCUUCACCAGUGCCGAUCCCGCCUUUGCCGACCUGCUACCCGCACAGGAGGGCAGGACCUACAGCGCCGCCAGUGCCACUGAUCGCCUCGACUACGUCAAGAAUACGGCGUAUAGCAUGACCUAUGUGGAGUACUCGAGCACAGUGCGCGGCACCCUGCCGUACUUCUCCAUUAAGAAUAGGGCCAACAAGGCCGUCACGCCCUCAACCGCGUCCGUUCAAGCCGCCAUGACUGACUACGCAGCCGCCCUCAAUUCUGGCGACCUGACGGGCGACAUCUUCAAUGGCCCUGGUACCAACUCCUGGCCGAUGGCCUACGUCGUGGUAGCGUCGGUGCGCAGCAGCUUUACCCCGUCCGAUGGCGAUUGCACGGUCAUCCAAUCGCUGGUUGAGCUGCUCAGCUGGACUCAGGUCAACGACCGCGCGGCGUCGGCCAUCACCACGGCCAAGUUCUUCCCGCUCACCACCCCCUACUUCAAGCGCGUGAUUGACCAGCUGGGCAGCGUCGUCUGCGGUGGCAGUCGCGCGCUGGGCGACACCGCCUUCCUCAUCGGCCAAGGCUCCUCGCUGCAGUCUGUCAACGACUGGGUGCAGACGUACAGCUCCGACGAGUUCGUGCUCAAGUACUUCACGUCCAACACUGUCACUGCGUUGAACAGUCUGGCCAAAGGCGAUCUGGAUUUUGCCCUUGGCGUCAAGGCCGGGUUCGGUGUGGCGGGACUGGAGCAAGUGCAAGUCUUUGAGGGGGUCACAUUUGGCGUGUUUCCCGUUUACAACAUUCCAGAGUUGGUCGCAUAUCCUGCUCUGGUGCUCAACACGAGCAUCCUGGUUGACGUGUACCUCAACAGGAUCGUAGCGCUGAAUCCGGCGCACCCGUUGCCGCACAUGCCAAUCCGCACCAUCAUGCAGACUUCUCUGUCCUACAUUACCUCGGUCUUCACCUCGGCUCUGUCCGCAUUUGAUGCUGAGUUCAACUCCACAGUGGGCACGGCGUACAACGUGUCGUUCCCGAUCCAGACGGCCAACAGCAACACCCUCUCAGUGGCCCUCAGCGCAGCGCCGCUGCUAGCCCUCUGCGGUACGACGCCAUAUUCGCUCACGUGGACGCAGAGCGGAAACGUCAACCGCAACGCGACGCGCUUCUCGAUGGUCAAUAUGCUCGGUAAUGUCGUGAGCGUUAAUGCGACCACCGUGCUGUCCGCUGUGGCGAGCCAGACCAACUCUACCAACGGCCUCUACAUACUCUCGACGGGCGCGGACAGCUGGCCGAUGGUGGCGAGCUUGCCGUUCCUGCUGCCCCUGUCGUCGACGGUGGACUGCCAAAAGGCGACCGCGCUGGUUGACUGGAUCUACUGGGUCUCGACCUCGUCCCAGGCCUUCCGCUUGGCCGCCAGGACCGACGCCGUGUCGUCGGGCCAGGUGCCCGAGCUCCAGAAGAGACUCCUGCGCAGCCUUUCCAACGUGACGUGUGACGGUCGGCAUGUGCUGUCGGCGUGGUCGUGCAUCUCCGACGGCGAACUGUGCUCUGGUGCCGGCACUUGCGUCGAGGGCAAGUGCAACUGCGACGAGGGGCUCGUCGGCACCUACUGCCAGAUGAACGCCACCGUAUCUUCGAGCAGCGACGACGCCCUCACGAUCACCCUGGCUGUCGCCUUGCCGGUGGCCUUUGUGGGCGUGGCCUGUAUGACCGGCAUGCUGGUGCUGGUGUUCCUCCUCGCACGGCGGGGCAGGAGCAGGCGCGAGGAAUGGGACAUUGACUGGAACGACCUCGAGGUAGGGGAGGAGCUGGGCAUGGGCGGCCACGGCGAGGUGUUCAAGGCCAAGUGGCGCGGCACCGAGGUCGCCGUCAAGAUGCUGGCGGCCAACGUGACCGUCACCAAGGACAUGCAACGCUGCUUUGCCGGCGAGGUGGAGGUCAUGGCCAAGUUGAGGCACCCGAACGUGGUGCUGUUCAUGGCGGCGUCGACCAAGCCGCCCAAGAUGUGCAUCGUGAUGGAGUUCAUGGCCCUCGGCUCCCUCUACGACUUGCUGCACAACGAGCUGAUACCGGAGCUGCCGUUCAAGCUCAAGAUCAAGAUGGCCUUCCAGGCGGCCAAGGGCAUGCACUUCCUGCACUCGUCGGGCAUCGUGCACCGCGACCUCAAGUCCCUCAACCUGCUCCUCGACGCCAAGUGGAACGUCAAGGUGAGCGACUUUGGGCUGACCAAGUUCAAGUCCGACAUGGCUCUGGGCGGAGGCGCCGGUGCGGACAACAAAGGGCUCGGAACGAUCCACUGGACGGCGCCGGAGGUGCUCAAUGAAACGCACGACAUCGAUCAUGUGCUGGCCGACGUGUACAGCUUCGGCAUCAUCCUCUGGGAGCUCCUCACCCGCCAGCAACCCUACCUCGGCUUGAGCCCGGCGGCGGUGGCGGUGGCGGUGAUUCGAGAUGGCCUGCGGCCCAAGAUCACGGCUGCGGACGUGAGCGAGGAGACGCACGAGUUCGUGGAGCUGAUGAAGACGUGCUGGCACGAGGACCCCACCAUCCGCCCCACGUUCCUCGAGAUCAUGACCCGCCUCAGCUCGUCCGUGGACAAGUCCCGCUCCUCCUUCACCUCGCGCACCAGCUCCAGUUCAUCGAAUUCGGACUCCAAGGUGCGCUCGACGAGCUCGAUUCCCACCGUCAGCUCGUCGUCGUCGGCCUCGUCGCGGGCCUCCUCUGGACGCGGCGUCGCCGCGUUCCGUCCGCCUGAAGGCGAGGUGGCGAUCGUGUUCACCGACAUCACGCGGGCGGCCUCGCUCUGGGAGCACAACCCGGCAGCCAUGCGCGAUGCCACGAUGGCCCACAACGACCUCAUGCGCUCGCUGAUCGCGCGGCACGGCGGCUAUGAGGCCGGCACGGGCCGCGAGCGCAACACGGGCGAGGGCUCCUUCUGCGUGGUAUUCACCCGCGCGCACGACGCCCUCCGCUGGUGCGCCGACGUCCAGCGCGCCCUGCUCACCGUGGCCUGGCCCGACGGCCUGCUCACCCACCCGGGCGCCGCCGAAGAGCUCUGGGAAGGCGGCUACGACGAGCGGGUGGUGUUUCGUGGGCUGCGGGUGCGCAUGGGCGUCCAUGCUGGGCACCCGCGCGUGCUGCGCGACGCCAUGACGCGGCGAGUGGAGUACGUGGGGUCGACAGUCAAUGCGGCGGCGCGAAUGACGGCCCUGGCGCACGGCGGCCAGGUGGUCGUAUCGCAACAGGCGCGCGACAAGCUCGCCACCGAGGCACCCGCCACGCCCGGCCAGUCGGACCAGGCCCGCGCAGAGACUGAAAACCACAACAAGCGGCUCAAGCGAUUGGGCCGCUUCGAGCUGCCCGACUCCCCAGCCGGGACAAUGCUGUACGAGCUUAAGGUGGCGGGGCUUGAGAGGCGGUUCUUCGGCGGCGUGUCGGUAGAGAAGGACGACGACGGCACAUCGGAUGGCUCACCAGAGGCGAGCCAUUCGUCGGGCUCGGGCAAGUCACACGAUGGCGGGGAGAGCCGCGAGGUGCAGGAGGUGGUGGGCGAGGGCAUGGCGUUCAAGGAGGACCAGUUCCUGACGUCGGCCAAUCUGUGCCGGUGGGUCAUCGACUUCAAGGUGGUCCAGCUCGGCGACCAGGUGGGCAUGGGCAGCUACGGUGUGGUGCACCGGGGCAAGUGGAAGGGCGUGGAGGUGGCGGUGAAGAAGUUCAUCAAGCAAAAGCUGGACGAGCGGCGCAUGCUCGAGUUCCGCGCCGAGAUGGCCUUCCUCUCCGAGCUGCACCACCCCAACAUCGUUCUCUUCAUCGGGGCGUGCAUGAAGCCGCCCAAUCUGUGCAUUGUGACCGAGUUCGUGAAGCGGGGCAGCCUCGGAGAGAUCAUCAGCGACCACACGGUGAAGCUGAGCUGGGUGCAGAAGAUGGGCAUGCUCAAGAGCGCCGCGCUGGGCAUCAACUACCUCCACUCCCUCUCGCCCGUGAUCGUGCACCGAGACCUGAAGCCGUCGAACCUGCUGGUGGACGAGAACUGGAACGUGAAGGUGGCCGACUUCGGGUUCGCGCGCAUCAAGGAGGAGAACGUCACCAUGACCCGCUGCGGCACUCCCUGCUGGACCGCACCGGAGGUGAUUCGAGGGGAGAAGUACAGCGAGAAGGCCGACGUGUACAGCUUCGGCGUGGUCAUGUGGGAGGUGGCGACACGCAAGCAGCCCUUCGCCGGGCGCAACUUCAUGGGCGUGUCGCUCGACGUGCUCGAGGGCAAGCGGCCCAAGGUACCGUCGGACCUGCCGCCUGCCUUCAAGAAGCUCCUCAAGCGGUCGUGGCAUGCCGAAGCAAACAAGAGGCCCACGAUGGAGGAGAUCAUAGAGGCGCUUGAUGCCCAAGCUGCCGGUGCUUUGGCUGGCUCGCCGGACAACGCCGUCUAA